GUGGAAGUGUCAGUCCGAAGUCCAAUUGCCUGCUGGUUUAGUGCUAUGCUUUAUUGCUUUGGUGGUUCAGUUUUGUCUUCGUUGAUGCUUGCAGAACCUCCCAUAGGAUUUCUGGCAAAGGGCACAAAUAUUCUACUGGCAUCUUCAGUCUGGUAUCUUGUGUUUUACUGCCCAGAAGACAUAUUCUACCGGUGCCUUGCCUUUCUGCCCCUUCGGCUUCUGGUUGCAGGAAUGAAAGAAGUGACUAGGACUUGGAAGAUAACAGCUGGCGUUGUACAUGCAGACAGUCAUUUCAAAGAUGCCUGGCUUGUCAUGGUAGCUGUGGGCUGGGCCAGAGGAGCUGGUGGUGGCCUAAUUUCAAACUUUGAGCAGCUGGUGAGAGGAAUAUGGAAACCUGAAACCAAUGAACUACUUAAGAUGUCCUACCCUGUGAAGGUAACUUUGAUAGGAGCAGUUCUUUUCACCCUGCAACACAGCCAGUACUUGCCAAUAGCAAGACACAACCUCAUGUUUUUAUACACCAUCUUUCUUGUGGUCUCCAAGGUAACAAUGAUGUUGACAAGAUCUGCGACUUUUCCACUUGCUCCCUUUGAGGCUGCUUUAGGCCAUAUGUUCUUUGGCUUGCAAAAGACACCAUCCAAAGUGAAGGGUGAAGGUGCCGCAUCUUCCAAUGGCUCUUCAGUCUGUGACCGGUCUUCUUCUGACCAACACCGUGAUGGUGUUAAGAAAAGACAGGCAAAGAAAACCGAUUAAGUGGCUUAAA